UGCCCUUUCUCUUAGGGACUAAGUUGUUCUUUUAAUCAAUUAACUUCUUAAUUUUUCUUUAUUUUCCUUGCCUCCUACUUUGAUGUUAGAAGUUUAAUGGGCAAAAGAAGUGCUGAGUUUAUCCAGCAAUGCCUGGUUGGAAACUUUCCAGCAAUGUUUCUGCAAGUUUUUGGAAAAGCUGGUUUUUGACCUAGGUACUAAAGGGCUUCCUGCUGUACCUCUGUGAAAAAGAAAUCAUAUUGCUGUUAGUCUUCACUUAAGUCCUUGAAGGAGCUGUGGAUGUCACCUUCGUAACAAACGUAUGCUUUUGUAUUCAGUCAGAUUAACCUAAACUUAAUAUAAAAAAAUUAAAUUACCUGCAAAUUGGUAAACCUAUUUAUUUUGUGAGCUGUGUCUCAAGUGAAGCAGAUGCUACUUGCCCCUGGCAAUGAGAUCCAGUGGUAUAGAGACAGGAGCAGAGAAUCAGGCUCUCAUUAGUGGUCAGUAUAUUAGUGACAAGCAACUUUCAAUGUCAUGUUCUGCACAGUAGGAAUAAAGAUAACUUGAGUUUUUGUUGCUGAGUCCCCUAGAUUGUAUGAUGAAUAUAUUCCUGAACAGAGCACAAAUAAAUAGUUACAUUGUUCAGGGUUAAAAAGAAAUAAUAUGUAAACUUGCUUAUGUCUCUGAGCACAAUCUAGUGUCUGCAUUGGAUAAAGGAAGAAGACUGAAAAAUUAUGUAGUUUAAACUGGUCUAAAACAGGCCAAAAUAAUUCAAAUUGCAGGGGAGCUCUAAACUUUGCCUUACUUUGCAGGAUACUGUUUUGAACAGUUUUUGAAGGAAGUCCUUGCAAUACAUACUGCUGUGACACUUGCUGAUGCAGUCUUGAAUUCAGUCCUGAAUCCUGAUGCAUCUUUUCUUAAAUGGUUGCUGGUGGACCACACUGAAGAAUUAAGUGAAACAGGCCAUAAGUCUGCAACAAUCAAGGAGUCGCACUGAAUUCAAGUUCAGAAGUGCUUUACCCAUGAAAUCUGCUGGCUGUCUAGCUGAUUCUGUCCUGUCAUCAUCUCAACAGAAUUGGAUUUACAGUCAUGGAGGAAAAUCAGCAGCAUUCACACUGUGUAAACUGUGUCAGUCGUCGCUGUAUGACCAGACCAGAGCCUGGCAUUUCCUGUGAUUUGAUCGGCUGCCCGUGGGUUUGUGGAGCAGUUUUUCAUUCAUGUAAAGCUGAGGAACAUCGUAUUUUAUGUCCACUUGAAAGAGUGCCUUGUUUGAAUAGCGGCUUUGGAUGUCCCUUCAUAGUAGCCCGAAACAAAAUUGCUGAUCAUCUAGAAGUUUGUCCUGCAAGUGUGGUAUGUUGCACCAUGGAGUGGAAUAGAUGGCCAGUCAGUUACGCAGACCGAAAAUCUUACGAAAAUCUGAGUAAAGAUGUUGAUGAAGUGGAGCAGCUAGAUAUGGCUUUAGCCCUUCAAGACCAGCGCAUGUUACUAGAAUCACUUAAAGUAGCAACUAUGAUGUCAAAAGCAGCUGAUCAAAUAUCAGAAACCAGAGAGCAAACCUCUGUCAAAUCAAGUGCCCCAGAUGCAGUGCGCUCAAAUGGUUUGAUGCCUGUAGAUGAAGAUUCCUAUGGUGCACUUUAUCAAGCUACUGUAGAAACAACAAGGAGUUUAGCUGCUGCUCUGGAUAUCCUGAACACUGCUACAAGGGACAUCAGUAUGUUAAGUUCAAGGCUCUGUAUUUCACCACAUGAAAGGAGGGAAGACACAGAGAUUAAAGAACAAGCUUCUAAUGGAAUUGUACAGGAUGAAAAGUCUGACCAUGAGUAUGCAGAUGAAGAUAACAUAGGAGCCGUUGGGGGAAUUAACUUUGAUAGCCUGAGUCAAAAUUCGCAAAUGGAGCAAAAUGGUUCCAGUGAUAUUUGUUAUGACAUAAUUCAAAAACAUGACUUAAAUGUAAACCUCAGUAAUUCCUCACUUUUGUGUAAUGGCUUUCAUGUAGAAAAUGAAAGUUCAAAGGUGUUGGACCAGAAUGAAGGUCUUAGUGUGUCUAAUUCAGAACCAUCCAGUCUAGCAAACGGUGAAUAUACUGCAUCUCCUGAGGAUGAAGUGUUACAGCCUUGCAGUUCCUUCCCUGCAACAACACAACUUAGAGAAGUAAUACCAGCUGAUCACUUAGUUAAUGGCAGUGUUAAUCAUGUACUACCACAUAAUGCUAAUGAAGAAGAAAUGUUAGAGAGACAGGUGGAACAAGAAAGAUUGAGAAACGUAGAUGCCUUUUCACUUUUACGGCAUCGAUCAUACAAAUUCCUUGUUAAUCACUAUUGGUCCACACCAAAGGAAGACAAAGCUGUUGAUACAUCAGAUUUGGAGAUAACAGAAGAUCCCAUGGGUCUGCAGGGGAUUGAUCUAAUCACAGCAGCUCUGCUGUUUUGUCUAGGAGACUCUCCUGGAGGUAGGGGGAUAUCAGAAAGUCGCACUGUUGAUGUGUAUCACGUUGACUUUGGGACCCAAACAUUUUCUCUCCCAUCUGCUAUAUUGGCCACAAAUACAAUGGUGGGAGAAAUAGCUUCAGCUUCUGCAUGUGAUCAUGCCAACCCGCAGCUCUCAAAUCCAAGUCCAUUCCAGACCCUUGGACUGGAUUUGGUAUUGGAAUACGUGGCUAGAUACCAAACAAAACAGCGUUCAAUGUUUACAUUUGUUUGUGGACAGUUGUUUAGGAGGAAUGAAUUUUCUUCACACUUUAAGAACGUGCAUGGUGACAUUCAUGCUGGCCUUAAUGGCUGGAUGGAGCAAAGGUGUCCAUUGGCAUAUUAUGGCUGUACAUAUUCUCAACGUCGGUUUUGCCCUUCAACACAAGGGGCAAAAAUUAUUCAUGACCGCCACUUACGGUCAUUUGGAGUUCAGCCUUGCAUAUCUACAGUAUUAGUAGAACCAGCAAAAAGCUGCUUAAUUGGACUACAUAAUGACCACCUGAGUAGUCUACCUUUUGAGGUUCUGCAGCAUAUUGCUAGUUUUCUAGAUGGCUUUAGUUUAUGUCAGCUUUCAAGAGUGUCACGUUUAAUGAGAGAUGUGUGUGGAAGCUUGCUUCAAGCACGUGGAAUGGUGAUACUACUUUGGGAGAAGAGAAGGUACCCAGAUGGAAGUUCUUCGUGGCAAAUAAAAGAAAAGGUUUGGCGAUUCAGUACAGCCUUCUGUACUGUGAAUGAGUGGAAGUUUGCAGACAUCGUAAGCAUGGCUGACCAUUUGAAGAAAUGUAGCUAUAAUGCUGUAGAGAGAAGAGAGGAGGCUGUUCCACUGCCAUGUAUGUGUGUAACACGAGAACUCACUAAAGAAGGACGUUCACUGCGCUCUGUUUUGAAACCUGUACUUUAAAUAUUGAAACCACUCCAGUUGCACAUACACUCAAGCACCUGAUUAUAACCUCGGUAAUACUAUGUGACACUUUAUUAAUGUACUAAAGAUACUUUCUAGCUAAAUCUACUCUGUCACUGUGUAUAUAAGGUUUGAAGUGACAUUUAUUUUUUAUAAUACCGUUUAGCUGGAAAGUAAUGAAAGUUGCCUUAACUAAGUCUGAAAAAUUCGGAACUUGCUGGACAGGGUAGUUUUAUCUAACUUAUAUAACUUAAAAACAAAACCCUAAGGUGUUUUCUGAUUCACUGGUGCCCAUGUUUCUGUUGACUGAUAUCAUUUCAAAAAUGGCCUCCUAAUGGUAUGCACAUUUAUAUAGGAAACACUGAAUUGCAGUGGGACAAGAUCUUGACCAAAUAGCGCGCUCUGUAUUUGAUCUUCCUUUUAAUAACAAAUUAUCAUCCACAUAUUUGAAAGAUAAGGAAAAAGUCAAAGCUUUAUAAUAGAUGUCUCGGACAAACAUUCAGCUUUUAAGCACAUCUUUUCUCAUUAAAUCAGUGUUCUAGUGCUCUUCCUAGUUAACAGGCGGUCUAGGAUAAGCAUUUAAAAGUGUUAGGAACGAUCUAAGUGAACUCUGAUUUACAGCAGCUUAAUUUUUGGUACAACUUGCUUUUGACCUAUCAACAAUGAUUGUUUUUCUUUUGAACUGGGUAACAGUUACUUCACUUUUGGGAGCAAAACGUUUAAAGCUAAAACAUGGAAAAGUAGUUUUUACACUCGCACCUACGACGACAUCUGAUUUAUAAACUUUUUUCCUUGUUCUGCAGUUGGCUGAGGGUUAAAUUGCUUGAGCAGUCGAAAUUCAAAGUAUGUGAUUAACAGUUACGAAUUUAUAAUGCAGCUAAUGAAAGGGCUUUACUUGUUUCAUGGUAUCGUGAGAUGUAUUGUCUCCUUUCUGUUACUUUGUCUAUAAAAAUGCUGCUUUUUUGAGGAGCAUUUUAGAUUACUGAUACGUAUAUUAAAUGCAUCAUCUUCAUAAGAUGAGACAUGAUUCAUUAUUUACAUAAGGCAUAUCAGAAAUAUAUGUUCAAUCACAUCUGUUAAAUGAACAGCUCCAAUUUGCUUCCAGUCUUCCAUAAUGAAAGAUCUUACAAAGCAUUUGUGAAGAGAGUAUACAUGCUAUGAAAAAUGCCCUGGUAUAGCAAAACUCUAAUAACUUGAACUGACUUUCCAACUUGUUUAUAUUAAUGUUAGUGUCUCUAGCCUGUUGCACUUAGCAACUGUGCCACAAAGCUAAAACAGAAACAGACCAGUGCUUGGAACAAAGAAAUACAGUGCAUAUUUCCAUUAUAGGAAAAAUAAAGAGAUUGGUAAGGAGGAGAUGUUUACAAAAAUGACUAAAUUUAUUGCUCGUAAUUUCUGUACUGGACACUUGUUUAUGGCUAGUCUGGCUGCAGUUCAUAACUUUGGUAUCUGUGCAUUUCCCAUUCUGGGUCCAGUCCAGCUAAACAUUCACUGCCUUUUUCUUUCCAGAGUGCUAAGGGUACCCAGAAAGAAAUUAAAUCUCGUUCUUUAGUGCCAUGAGUUGAAAUUACUGAAGAGCUUAAACAGAAACUCUGCCUGGAUUUUGAAACUCUGUCCUCUUUCCACACUUCCAUUUUUUUGGUUGGAGGGAGAAAGGGAGUGAACCCUCAACGGAAGUCAUUGCUAUUUGUGGUAACUCUUAGCUGUUGCCACAGUUACGUGGAAAGGAGAAUCUGGAUCCAUGUACAACUGACCACACCAACUGGGUUUUAAGUGGGUUUAUAAAGAAACCACCCUGUUCUCUGAGUACACACACUGUAAAGCUUGUUACCCACAAAUUCUUCAGUACAAGGCAGGAGACAGGCUUUCAUCAGUUCUUGUCUUUUUAGCUCUAAUAACUUCUUGCUGCUGCUCUCCAGUGUUUAAAAGUAGUCAUCUGACUGGAAGGAUCCUGAAUGUUGAAGAGUUUAUGGCUGAGUCUUUGGCUAAAUUUACUUUAAAACAUCUGUCUUGGGUUACUGAUUUUUAUUUUUUAUUUUUAAAUCUGGAAUGUGGUGGGUUUGGUACUUGGCAUUCUUUGUAACUACCUAGAACCCUGAUAAUCUUAGGGUAGGCAGAAGUGUCUUUUGCUUAGGAGGAGAGGGUGCUCAGUUAUAGAAGCGGAUGUUGAAAGAAUCUUACAGUGCAGAUCUACAUCUAAAGUAUCAUCUGUUGGAUCUAUUAAAAUGAACUUAAGUACUUCAGUGUUCUUCUUCAGAGAUAACACUAUUUCUCAAUACAUGCACUUUUGUUUUCAAAUGUAGAUACAGGCUUUUUUGUUAAAUUAGUUUAUUUUUUAUGAGAAUCCAGAGCUAUUAAAAUAUCUGUGUUGUAAACAAAAUCUCUGCCUUGUAAACUGCGCCAAAUGCAGGAAUACAGUAUCAUUAGGAUAACACCAUUUUUUACACUGCUAUGCAGUUUGUAAAACAUUUGUGGUGUGUAGUCAGCCUAUCAAAGUGUGGCUUCUUGUUCAUGUUUGCCCUUGAAUUUUAAAAAUAUCAUAUCCCUUUCCUGGUACAUCUUCCUUACAGCAUAUAUAGACAGUUGUUCCAGUCUUUCUUUUACUUGAUACCACAUUGCUACUUUGUUUAAAAUAUGUUUUCAGUCAUUAUGCAAUUUUUUUUUUUUUGCAAUGUCUGUUAAAAUCCUAAUAAAACCUUUGGAGUUUCUCUUUUA